AGUAAGACCAGGAUGGAGGAGUCCGGUGGGGAUCUUCCCAUCCAGAGAGUUGCCAUCCUGCCCGAGUUGUCCUGUGAUCACUUCACCGUAACAAACGUGCACUAAACUCGCUGGGCAUUUGGAAACCCAUAUUUGCAGCUGUUCCUGGGCCUACAUCAAAGACCUCAGUGGAGUGGCAGCUUGAAGAUGGGAGAUCAGGAUGCAGGUGAACCCUUUCUGGGGAUAGUGGCUGGCGGGGCCAAAGACCACGAAGGAGCUCUUCCCUCAGACACAGUGUCGCUCAGCGAUUCUGAUUCUGAUGAUAUGGGGUUAGCAGAUGAAGCAGAAGUUGAUACAAUAUCUCCUGAGGAGCCGUCUGUAGAUGAUGGGGAUUACAGGUCAGUGGAGACCCCUGACUCUUCAAACAGCAGUCACAGAUCUCCUGUCCAGCCAUUCCAUCUGAGGGGCAUGAGUUCUACGUUCUCUCUCCGUAGCCAGAGCAUUUUUGAUUGCCUGGAGGAGGCAGCCAAGUUGUCUGUGCCCUCAAUGCCUGAAGAUAAUGUUGUUGAUGGGAGAUUUAAGCGUCCAUUGCCUCCACCCACAGUUUCAGGUAGCGUAAUUCCAGAGAGGCUGGGAAAGCAAGCCAAAGCAGUGCAGGCUCCCAAAACCUCUCCUGCAGUGCCUGACUAUGUGGCACACCCAGAGCGCUGGACCAAAUACAGCCUAGAUGGAGUUUCAGAGUCUAGUGACAAGACUAACAGGGCAGUGGCCAUGGAAUUUCUAGAGGGUCUGAAGAAAAGAGGGAAGGAACAAAGCUCAGCUACCCAAGAUAGCUACACCCCAUACUUCAACCAGGACCCUUCCAGCUGUGGAGCUGGAAGGAUUGUCUUCACCAAACCAGCAAAAAGGGGUGUGGAUGGACUGGAAAAGAAAACAUCAGCAGGGGAGGAUGAUAAGAAACACAUGAAAACAGAUCUGAAAGGAAAAUCUCUUAGGAAAACUGAUGAUUUUGGGGAGGAAGAUAAGGUAGAGCUGGGGCACCUAGAUAGUGGAAGUAGUAAGGCAACAGAGGAGGAGUGCAUGAUGGCAGGGGACCUGAAUGCAGAAGGUAAGCUUAGUGCAAAGUUUAGUGGCACAGGUGAAGAGCCAUUGGUGGAAACAGUUGGAUUCCACUGCAGUAAGAAAAAGAAUAGGAAAAAUUUCCGACCUAAAGCAGACGAUGAAGGGGAGGAGGAAGAUUCCUGA